AUGGUUCACACCCUCACCAGGAAGCCCAUGUCUUGGCAUGAUAAUGUAGAAGAGAUGGCAGAUGAAAAGUUUCUGAAUCUGAUUCACCAUGCAGCACUGGAGCCAACAAAGAAGUAUUCAGAGCCACAAACUGAGAGCCAAGAAAUUGGGUGGUACCCACCAUUGAUUCAGACAGACCGCACCGACUGCAGACUCUACUUCCCACGCCGGAAAACUGAGGUCACUAAAUAAACGGCUGCUGUGGGGCCCGGGGAGGAGCAGCCCAACAACCUCCAACCACCUGCAGUAGUGGAGUGGUCAAGCCACACAACUUAG